AUGGCAGCGCCAAAUAUCCGGAGGGCCUGCAUGUACGUCCCUGCGUCUUCCAAGAAGAUGCUGGAAAAAUCCUUUGCCAUGCACGCCGACAAUGUUACAUACGACCUCGAAGACAGUGUCGCGCCGCACAUGAAGGCGCCUGCGCGCUCCAACCUGCGCGACAUCCUGAGCAAGCAGCGGCCCGCGGGUAUCAAAGAAAUGUGUGUGAGGAUAAAUAGCGUAGAUACGGGUCUUGCCCUCGACGACUUGACAGAGGUGCUCAAGGGCGAGUAUCUCGACGCCAUCAUGCUGCCCAAGUGUGAGAGUGCCGCCGACCUGCACUUUGUGACGGAUGUAAUCCGACAUCUGAGUCCCGAGCGUCACCCGAGCGCCGGCAAGAAAGGAGAGAGAGAGCCGCUGCGCAUCAUCGCCUUGAUAGAGAGUGCAAAGGCCAUACAAAACUUGAGCUCCAUAUGUGCCGCGUCGCCGUACCUCUCCGGUUUGGUGUUCGCAGCCGAGGACUUUGCAAAGGACAUGAGUCUUACCCGCACCCCGUCCUUGACCGAGUUUCUGUAUGCGCGAAGCGCCAUAGCCACGGCAGCGCGCGCCGCAGAGCUCCCAAGUACGAUUGAUCUGGUUUGCACAAGCUACAAGGGUGAAGAGGGGUUGAAGACGUUGGAACAAGAGUGUCUGGGUGGAAAGGGCUUGGGCUUCAACGGCAAGCAAUGCAUACAUCCAAGCCAAGUUGCCGUGUGCCACAAAGCCUUCAGUCCCGGCGAAAAAGAACUUGAGUGGGCUGCGAGGGUAGCCAUCGCCGAUGAGAAAGCCAGUCAAGCCGGGCGUGGCGCAUGGACACUCGACGGCAAAAUGAUCGAUGUCCCUGUCGUCAAGAAGGCGCAUGCAGUGUUGAAACACGCUGAGGUGUGCGACAUGGAUGUCGCUGCAGUCAAGGACCGAUGGAAAGAUCAAGAACCUGAGUAG